GCCUGUCCUUAUCACGAGCCUUUCCAUACAAUAUCUAUCGAGUACCUUAUGCACAGCAAGUGCUGUUUCUUGACUGACAGAGGUGCACAGAGCUGCACUCGUGGACAUUGCGUCUACCGUACAACGGAUCAAGUAUUUUCCCCGCUUACCUAACCAACGCGUCCCCUCUUCGACUGCCCGAUCGGGAGACGUGUUUUGGUGAUUGCGACCGUUGUUGAUGUUGUUGACGGAUCGAGAUGGCUUGCUUUGGAUGGGCUUUGGUGCCUCGAGAAUGAACUAUUUUGGCCACUACUUUUGAUUACCAAUACUGCCCUCUGUAUCCGGACGCGGCCGCAGUCGCCGAUGAUCCGCCUUAGAUUCCUCGCAUUUCGACAUGUCCUCUCGCAGCUCUAGCUCUUCUUCGGACAUUCUUGGACCUGCUGGCGACUCCGAAUACCUACUCUCCUCCCCCACGAAACCUCUCGGCGGUCGGCAACCCUUCAUGUCUAUGUCUCCGGCCCCUAAUUUCAAGUUCCUGCAGACGCCAGGCUCUGUUAAGGGCAAGCGUCAGCGCCCGAGUCUCAGCCCGUCGAAAAGUGCGCAUUCCAUCCGGUUCGACGAUGUCUUGCUACCAGCUACUCCAGCGCUUGCGAAAUUGGCCGGAGGACAGCCCAUGUCCUUGUCUCCGGAAAAAGGUCAGGGUGAGAGCGGCAAUCCGUGGAGAAUUCGAGUAACGCUGGAGGCGACGCAAGAUGAAGAAGAUGAGGCGAAUAACCAAAAAAGCCCUACGCGCAGGGCAUUAUAUCCCUCGACGACCAUGACGACCAAGGUGCCCCUGAAGGAUGAACGCGACCAACCCGAGCCAACCCCCCGACGACGCAGAGGCCGACCGAGGAAGACGGAGAUUCAAGCACUACCCGAUGCGACAUCGACCCCAGCGAGUCCCGGACAUACACCAGGUGCCAAGGGCGCCAAUGGACAAAGCAGACCACGAGGGCGACCACGCAAAGGUACGCCCGUGCCGGUCGAGCGGCAAAUGGAAGAGCAACCAACGCCGGUUCCCGACCCCGAACAAUCUAGUCCGUUAAACCUUGAACAACCAACUCCGGUGCCCGCACCUGGACGACAGCGAGCUAGUUAUUUGAACGUCGACGAGGAGGAGCAACCGACUCCAGCUUCCGUACCCGAUCAACAGCGAUACGAUCCUUUUAACCUCGAGUCGGAGGACCAGCCAACUCCAGGCCCCGAAUUUGAACAACGAUCUAGCCCAUUGAAUUUUGAGCAAUCAACUCCGUUUCCCGACUCUGGAAGAAAUCGACACAGCCCGCUAAACCUCGAGGUGGAAGAGCAACCAAAUCCAGAUUCAGAACUCGACCAAGAAAGAUAUAGCCCUUUGAAUCUCGGCGCAGAUGGCGAUUCCGAAGACGAUGAGCUACCGGAUGCUCCGUUUUCCGCCUACGAAGAAGACGAGACGAUGCGACCAGACCCGACGGAUUGGAAUCGGAGUUCCCCUCGAGUGACUUUUGCUGAACCUGCGUACGAGACGCCGGAUGUCGGUGCCAUAGACCGCGAUGACGAUGACGGGAAGCUACACUCGACGCCGUCUAAAAUGCCGUCUUCUGUUCGCCAAGAAUCAAUUCAAGAACCACUUGAUUCGUCCCCAGCAAACGCAUUUAAUGCAGGCCGUACACCUCGACCACCACGCCUCUAUCCUACGCCUACAUCAUCAUCGCUGGUCGAUGAAGAGAAUAAUGAACAAGACAAUCUGGACGAAGACGCACCAAGUAGCGAAAUUCAUGAUAUUCAAGGCGACGCCACGGAUAAUCCAACGGACGAUAAUGAUGACCCAGCACACGAACAUCGUGAUCCUACGGACGAACACCGGGAAUACGAUUCAAUUGUGGAAAGUGAAGGGUUCAGCAUGGUCUCGUUGGAUACUUUGCCAUCAGCCAAGCAACAUGGGAUCAGCACAAAUUCAGACCGUGCCAAAGGACCUCUCCGACCUUUUCUUCAGCGCGAAUCAAUCGGCAAAAGAGAGAAAGUGAAGCGCAAAGCUUCCUCUAUAAGCAGCAAUCACAACGAGAGUGUACGCGCGAAUGCAUCGCCCAGUUCAGAACCUCCGCGAAAACGCCAGUCUCGUUCUCCACCUAAACGACAGUCCCGUUCACCUUCUCAUCGACGAAGAUUAGAACAGCCUGCGACACACUAUGAGGCUUCUGAACUACAUGCACCUCCGUCUCCACCGGCUGAACUCCCUGCGCCGAUCCCGGCUGAUAAACGGCCUAGACCGGUCACCCGGCUGGCUAGGAUUGUCCGUGCUGGUAUGGCACUUGAGGGUGCCUUCAGGCAGAACCCGGAGGUAGAGAAACGACCAGAUAGCAAAAUUGCUAUUGAGGAACCCAAAAAGCGCUUGGAGACCGUGUUUAGUGAUCUUGACUACGAUACCCAACAACAACUACGAGCGGGUCUAAGCCUUGGCCAGGAAAUCGCAAAGAAGAAAAUACAAGCUGAGGUAGAAAGGGAAAAGGCCGAACAAGAAGAAGCUGCCAGAAGUGCCGCCACGCCAGAUACCCACGACCAACACGAGGACCAGGGAUCAGAAGAUGAAGAGCAAGAUACCUCAGAAACCCCGCUCCAACAAGAUCGGAGAUCGGUUCAGGAUACACCUGGGCCAGAAACUGCGAUGAAACGACGAAUGGCCGAAUGGCAGCAAGAGAGAGAGUCCAUCAGUCAUGAGAUUGACAAAGCCAAUUCGAGCAAGGUCAUUGUUAUUAAUAGCGAUGAUGAGGCACAGCAGAGUCCCGAACGUGGUAGGGCCUACCCUGCAUUCGACAUUGGAGGGCCAGACUCAGAUUCGGGGUCUGAUUUCGACCAAGGGCCAGAGUUGGAGCCAGCUUCAGAAGGCAAUCUGCCGGAAGAUGAGGCAGGCUAUCCAGACGAAGCAUACGAGGCAGACGAGGUAGGGGAUGAACAGGAAGAUGCAGAGGUAGAGGAACAAGAGGAAUACGAAGAGGAGGAACAACACCCGCAGGCGCAUAUGCAACAACCGGAAGAGGAGGAAGAACAAUAUUCGCCAGAGGAAGACGAUGACGGAUACUCGGACAUCUGGCAGCAAGAAGCACAAGAGCAUAGCCAAAUAUCGCAUCAAUCUUCCACACAUCAAGGUUCCAUGCAUCAAAGUUCCAUGCAUCAAACCUCCACACGUCAUGAUGAAGACGAUGCUGGCUACAGACAGGAGUCUAGCCCAUGGAAGGAUGAUCGAUCAGCUGCCCCGAGCGAAUACGGCGCAUUUUCCCCGGCACCUUGGACUCACCAGCGGGAAAAGGUACCCUACCUGGGAGGCCAAUCGCGAGUACGACAAUUACGUGAACAGGAGGUUGACAUGUCGAUGUUGCUUGGUGCAUCCAACACCCCAAAUCAUUCUCGCUACUAUUAUGGGAGAAGCAGCCCCUUGAGCGCGGCCAGUGCACGGCCUUCGCAGCGGGAGGCACCCCAGUCUUCCCCGCGAUACGCCGAGAAUGGGGUGCAUGACCAAGAGCAGCCGCUAUCGGAAUUGGGACUGGUGUCGAGCCCUCUCAAGCACUCGGACGACGAUGCGUUCCAGAUUGAUCCGACCACCAGAAUUGAGCAUGAGAGGAUGCAAUUUGAUAGGCGGCGGGAUCAAGAGGAGGAAGACUUUGAAUAUUCAGAUGCCGCCGUAGCCGAAGAACGCUCUGUUGACGGAAAUGUGGAAAUGACUCCACAACCUCCGCGACCCGCCAAUCCCGCCAAUCCUGAUGUUCAAGGAUCGACCUGGUUCCAAAGACUGGCCUCAUUAACCCCCGGCUGGCUGAAAGCACCAAUAAGAAGGUCUCCUUCGCGACCAAGUCGCGUGAGUGAAGAAUAUGAGGACUCAGAUGAUGACCCAGUGAGCGACGAUGGCUCCGCGGAGGUUGCGAACGCGCAUACCCAUGGAUCCGACAGGGCAGACGUGGAGGAACAAGAUGAAAUGGAGCGGAGGUUCAGAAGCUCUCGACGAUUCACCGAGUGGAGACAGUAUGAAGAACCGCAGAGCUCCCCCGAGUCACGCGCCGCUCAACAACCCGACCGCGCAUUUUCCGCCCUGGGAGAGGAGAGCCCUGUGCGGGCCCGACCGCUGGCGGUGUCUGGGCAUUUCAGCGACGAACACUAUAUUAUCCUCCGACGUCUGUACCGACUGGCAGCGCACUUCCCAGAACGGUUCCCAUACUAUCCGGCGCCCGGACGCGACCAGAUUAUUGGUGACUGGAUUUGGACGUCAGACGGCCGACAUGGCGUGCCCGUUACCGAAGGUCAGUUCGCGGUGAUUGACCAGUUUGUGCAGGAACUGGCCACCGGCGACCUAGACAGCGGCGGGACGGGCCAGAUCGGCUGGACGGAGGCAGACUUACACCGACGACUGAUCAGCGUGAUUAUUGGCGAGAAGAUUAGAGCAGAGAGAAAAGCAAAAACAAGCGGAGGCGACAUGUGAGCACUACUUUUGGCUAUUGACCGACGUGGCGCCGCCGUUUCGUGUUUGAGUUGGCCGGAUUGGUCCAUAAUUGCUUUCCUCCCCGAUGUUAGCGGCGCGCCGGUCGAAAGACUAUUGGAAAUGGCGCAUGCUUGGUGUUUUCAUUUAUUUUAUUUUUUUUCUCUGGGGAAUAUCACAUAUUCGGGCUUUUUUACAGGUGGACGACUUUUGAUUUUCUGUUAUUAUCUUUUUUUGUACAUGUACAGUGUUGGCGUGGAAUUGGGAUGCAUUUCUUAUUCUUGGCCUCUUAUCUUUUACAGGUUAGCAUUGGAGUGAUUGCUGUAUAUACCUCGAUUCUGGUCUUGUCCUAUGUCAUUGAACAUCACAUACAUGGCGACAUACACAUGCCCAACUUUCCGAUGGCUUCCAACUAUGCAAAUAAGCAAGAACCCUAUUAUACCUGGCAGAUACAUAACAUACCUGACAACGCCAGUGCUCAAAUUGAUCGCCACGUUUUCACG